AUGAUCACCGGCGACCACCAGCUAACGGCGGAAGCGGUUGCACGGAAAAUUGGUUUGUCCGGCCGCGGCGCGAUCAUUUCGCGCGCGAAGCCGGAAGACAAGCUGCACAUCAUCCAGAUUUUCCAGGAGAACGACGAGAUCGUCGCGAUGACGGGCGACGGCGUGAAUGACGCGCCAGCGCUGCGCCGCAGCGACAUUGGCAUCUCGCUCGGCUUGAGCGGGACGGAAGUCGCCAAAGAAGCGUCCGACAUUGUGCUAGCAGACGACAACUUCGCCACAAUCGUGGCCGCAAUCGAAGAGGGUCGCGCGAUUUACAGCAACAUGAAGUGCUUCAUUCGCUACUUGAUCAGCUCGAACAUCGGCGAGAUUUGCAGCAUCUUCUUCGCCGCAGCGCUGGGCAUUCCGGACGUCUUUCUGUCGAUCCAGCUGCUGUGGGUAAACCUCGUCACGGAUGGGCCGCCCGCGACGGCGCUGAGCUUCAACCGCGUCGAGCCGAACAUCAUGGAGCGGCCGCCGCGGCCGCCGACUGAGCCACUGAUCUCUUCGAAGACUCUGGCGCGCUACUGCGUAAUCGGCUUCUACGUCGGCUUCGCGACGGUCGCCGUGUUUAUCUGGCACUUUACGCAGCGCACGCAGUCGGGCUACUCGCCCAUCACGCUCGGCAUGUUGCGCGACUACGGCAGUUGCGCGAAGUGGGCCGACUUCAACCCCAGUCCGUACCUGCGCCGCAGCGACGCGCCUGGCUACGACCUCUGCGACGUGUUUAGCUUUGGCGCGAUCAAAGCGUCCACCCUUUCGCUGACGACGCUCGUCGUGCUCGAACUGCUGAACGCGCUGAACGCGUUGAGCGAGCGGCUGAGCGUGCUGUCGAUUGGAGUGUUUUCCAACAAGCUGCUGCUUUGGGCGCUGAGCUGCAGUCUGCUGAUCCACCUCGCGGUGCUCUACGUGCCACCGCUGCGCGCGAUCUUCCACCUCCAACCGCUGAGCUUGUACGAGUGGGUGGUGGUUGCAGCGUUCUCGCUGCCAAUCGUGCUGCUCGACGAGGCGAUCAAAUGUCUGCUCCGGACUGCUGUUUGGAAAGCCGCAAUGAGCUAA